UAAACUAAAUUACUUUCCAUUAAUAUUUCAAAAGCACAUUUUAUGCCAUAUACAAGCUAUAAACAAAAUAUACUUAAAUAUAAUUGUACUUUCAAUAAAUUUUUAUGAUACUUUUGAAAUAGUCUGUAGACCAAGUUAAAUAUUUGGAUGUUUAUAUGGACUGUCAUCUAAGAUGAAGGUUUCAUACUGAUCAUGUCACGAAAAAGAUAUAUUUUGCAAACAUGAAAGAUAUGUGUGAUAUGAAACGAAAGUACACAUUUUGUAUUACGGGAAUGUGCAAUGUGCAAUAACAUGGUUUAUUAUUACGGUCAGGCGCUACAAAUAAAUAAGACCAUAAGAAAACGUGCAAAAUUAAAAUUAUGUAUGGCAUUACCUUUGUUAACUCCAACAGAGGAGAUAUACAGAAUCUCCGUAAAUGAUUGUAAGCCACGUGACCGCCCAGCUUAGGCAACCCCACACUGACUGGUACUGGUAAUGAAAAAUCCCUAAAUCUUAGCAUCACCAACAUUAAUGGGUGCGUUCAGCCGGGCAUUGUUGAUGAGCGCUAAAUAAAAGCGUAUUGACUUUGCUUAUAUUUAGCACACAGAGAAGUUACUGAACGUCAUUUUCAGCUUGCUGUUAAAUGUCAGCCAGCCUAACCUAAAAAAAUUUGAAAUGUGUAACAUCAACAGAAUCGCAACGGAAUUGGAUGCAGUUUUGGUAGCUUUAUUAGAAGAUGAGAUUAAUUUGAAUGCUAUAGACAAUGCGGUGGAGGCUGUUAUGCCACCUUUAGUAAUUAUACCUCCUAUGAAUGAAACUCAUAGGAAUCCGGGAUACUAUGAAUUUAUUAUACCGACAUAUAAUGUAGACUAUUUUCAUGACCAUUUUCGCAUGACUAGAGGUAUUUUUGAGUUACUAUUAAAUAAGCUAAAGGAGGCUUUACCAAAUGAAAAUUAUGGAGUGGUUGAAUAUGAAAAGAAGCUUCUCUUUACUAUUUGGAUACUAGCUAAACAAGAAAGUUUUUUGUCGGCUGGUGACAGAUUUAAUUUAGCGAAAAGCACAGGUCAUCAAAUUUUUUUCAAAGUAGUUCAACAUAUAGCUGAUUUACGAGAAGAAAUAAUAAAAUGGCCAAACCGUCAGCAAAGAUUAGAGAUUUGUAGAAGGUUUCAAGAAAAAUCAGGUAUCCCUGGUAUAGUUGGUGCUAUUGAUGGAUGUCACAUUUCUAUAAAGGGUCCUCCAGGAAAUGCAAUAGAUUAUUAUAAUAGGAAUAAUUAUAACUCUAUAAUUCUACAAGCCACUUGCAAUGAUAAAAAAGAAUUCAUAGAUAUAUAUGUAGGAGCGCCUGGCCGUCUUCAUGACGCUCGUGUUUUUAGAAUGAGUCCAUUAUUUGCAUUGUUAUCUGGAGACGAUCCCCCGAUACCAAAAAAUGAGCACCUAUUAGGAGAUGCGGCUUAUCCGUUAGCAUCAUAUCUUUUAAAACCUUAUAGAGACAAUGGCCAUCUUACAGAAGAGCAAAUUCGCUUCAAUGCUCGUAUGAGUUCAUCAAGAUCCACAAUUGAACGAUCAUUUGCAUUACUGAAAGGCAAAUUUAGACGCUUAAAAUAUUUAGAUAUGUCACGAAUGGAUAUGGUACCUACUGUAGUUACAGCAGCAUGUGUUUUGCAUAAUUUUAUUUUAUUUAAAGAAGGUCAUGAAAAUAAUAUUGAUGAUUAUGAGGAUGACAAUAUACAGGACCAUGGCGAAAAUAAUGAUGUAGAAGUGCCACAGAGAAUUCACAAUAUAGGUGAAAGGAAACGUAACUAUAUUGCAUCAAUUUUGAAUUAACCAGUUGUGAAAUGCUGUUUUAUUGUAAUUUUAUAUAUAAAUAAAUGUAGAUACAG